CGUGUACAUUCAGCUCUCAGUUGUCACCUGCGCCACACACCUGCAGCAACCAGCCAGCCAGCCACCUAAUUUACCCUCACGUGGUGUCACCUUCACUAUGGGCCGCCGUCUACUACACCUGUUGCUGGUGCUGUGUACGGGCGGGACGCUGGGCCAGGACCCGUGUACACCUGACUGUAGUAACAUGGAUCCCCAGGACAUGGUAGAAGACCCUAAUGACUGCCACCGCUACUAUAUAUGUCUCCAGGAAGGACACCCCUCUGAUCACUCCAUCCCCUGCCCCGCCGAGCACAGGUUCACCUCCACGUAUGGUGACUGUGUACCUGACGAUGGCUGUACCCCCUCCUGCACCACACCCGUCAGUACCACCACCAGCCGCGCCUGUCACUAUACCUGUAACAGUGAGGGUGAUCUACUAACUGAUCCCUUUGACUGUAAUAGCUACUACCUCUGUCACGCUGAUGGACAGUCAGGGCCAUAUAUCUGCCCUGAAGACCGACCUUACUUCAAUGGACAGUUCUGUGUGGAGAAUAUCGAGUCCUGCUGCCGUGACCCCUGCGUCGUCUUCUGCUACCCCAACAACAUCCAGAUCCCUGACCCUCUCGACUGUCGCAGGUUCUACAUCUGCGUGGAGGAAGGCUCACCCUAUGAGGAUCACCACUACGACUGCAAGCCCGGCAUGGUGAUGGAUCCCGGUGUAGGUGUGUGUGUGGCCGGGAACUACUGCCAGCCUCAGUGUACCGCCCAACAGGCCCAGGUGAUGGCGGCCAUGGAGGAGAAACUACAGAAAAUAGCUGAUGUUACAUAUGACCAGAAACACAAUGAUUACUUAUCACUCAGUGCCCUGGCUGAACAGACGGAGCUACGGCGGUAUGAAGCUUCGUUGAGGUAGUGAACCUAACCUAACCUGAUCUACCCUAACCUAAACUAACCCAACCUAAUCUAACCCAACAUCGCCCAACUUAACCUAAACUAACUUAUGUCUACUAUAAUUAUAAGCUGUCUGUAUCAUAACUUGCCUAUAACGCCAAUAAAGAAUAUGACCA